AGACAGGCUGAGGGAUCCCCCUAACGGAGCCGACGUAAUGACGUAGAGCUGAGGGUUGACGUCAGCCGUUAGAGUGGGAUCUCCGGCGCGAGCAGCGGCAGCAGCCAGAGGAGCUCCGCGCGCCGCGUCAGGAUGAGGUUGUUUCUGUGCCCGCUCCUCCUCCUCCUCCUCCUCGCUCCGUCAGGCGGCGCUCAGCUGCUCCUCCGCUCUGAAAUGUACGGCAGCCUGCAGUCACCAAACUUCCCUGAGCCUUAUCCCCGGGACACUCAGCUGCGCUGGAACAUUAGCGUCCCGUUUGGCUUUCACAUCAAACUGUAUUUCAGCCACUUCGACCUGGAGCCGUCCUACCUGUGUGAGUACGACUACGUCAAGGUGGAGGCGGAUGGUGAGGUGCUGGCGUUGUUUUGUGGUUGGGAGGAGACAGACACGGAGGUGGUGCCGUCUCAGCAGCUCAUCACCUCCCCCAGAAACUCGCUCAGUGUAGUCUUCACCUCCGACUUUUCCAACGAGGAGAGAUACUCCGGAUUCAUGGCUCACUACAGCGCUGUGGAUGUUGAUGAGUGCAGCGAGCGUGCAGACGAAGACCUGCUCUGUGAUCACUUCUGUCACAACUACAUCGGAGGAUACUACUGCUCCUGUCGCUAUGGUUACCUGCUGCACUCUGACAACCGCACCUGCACAGUGGAGUGCAGUGGUGGUGUGUUCAGGGAACGCUCCGGUGUUCUGAGCAGUGUGGACUUCCCGUCUCCUUACCCGAAGAGCUCUGAAUGUUUGUACAGGAUCGAGGUGGAGCAGGGCCUCAGGCUCCGCCUCUUUUUUGACCCCCACUUUGACGUGGAGGAUCAUCCCGACAUCAUCUGCCCGUACGACCACGUCAAGAUCAAAGCGGGCAGCACAGAGUUCGGUCCGUUCUGUGGAGAUCGAUCUCCAGGAGAGAUUCAGACCGACACAAACAUCGUCACCGUCGUCUUCCACAGCGACAACUCAGGAGACAACAUGGGCUGGAGGAUCAAAUACACAUCUACAGGAAGUCAGUGUGUGGUCCCUGAAGCUCCACCCCAUGCUUUGAUGAAUCCCCUCCAAUCAGUAUACUCCUUUAAGGAUCACAUGCUGUUCACCUGUGAGGAGGGAUACAGACUGCAGAAGGAUGCAGAGUACCUGGAUCAUUAUCAGGUAGUGUGUCAGGCUGAUGGAGCGUGGAGCAGCAGUCCUCCUAACUGUACCAUGGUGGAUUGUGGGAGUCCAAAGGCCGUUGCCAUGGCAGAUUUGGUGUUUGGUAGUCAUGACAACAACACAAUGUUUGGAUCUACAGUUCAGUACGUGUGCAGAGAGGACGCCAUCAACGUUUCCUACAGCUGUGGACCGAGAGGAGAGUGGGUCAGUUCAUCAGGAAGCAAACUGCCGAGCUGCAGGCCGGCCAACAGCUCAGCUUGUGGCCAGCCGGCUCGCUCCCCCCCCCCUCAGGUGAAGCGGGUGGUGGGGGGCCGCAGUGCAGGGCCGGGCCUGUUCCCCUGGCAGGUCCUGCUCAGUGUGGAGGACCUGUCGCGGGUCCCUGAGGACCGCUGGUUUGGCUCUGGGGCCCUGCUGUCUGAGUCCUGGGUCCUAACAGCCGCCCAUGUCCUAAGGUCCCAGAGGAGGGACACCAGUGUGGUCCCUGUGGCCCCCCAACACAUCAAGGUGUCCCUUGGUCUCCAUGACGCUGCAGACAGAGGGUCCUCUCUGAUUCGCUCGGUGCAGCUCCUCCUCCUCCAUCCAGACUUCCAACCAAACAACUACAACAACGACAUCGCGCUGCUGAAGCUGACGGAGCGGGUGGAGUUUACUGAGCUCAUCCGACCUGUAUGCCUACCCCCACUUCACAACAAGGGUGACCCCCCCGCUCCUCUCCCGAACUCUCUGGGUGUAGUUGCUGGUUGGGGAAUCUCCAACGACAACACCUCCUCCUCCUCCUCCGGCGCCCCCCCCUCGCUGACCUCUGACGUCCUGCAGUUUGUGAAGCUGCCGGUGGUUUCUCAGGACGAGUGUCAGGCGAGCUACGCCUCGCGCUCCAUCAGCUACAACAUCACCGACAACAUGUUCUGUGCCGGCUUCUUUGAGGGGGGGCGGGACACCUGCCUGGGGGACAGCGGGGGGGCGUUUGUGAUGGAGGACGGGGUCAGUCGGAGGUGGGUGGUGUUUGGGUUGGUGUCUUGGGGGGGGCCUGAGGAGUGUGGGAGUCAGAGGGUGUACGGGGUCUACACCCGCGUGGCUAAAUAUGUAGAGUGGAUACAGGAGCAGCUUCAUGCUGCCCCCUAGUGGUAAGACCAGGAAGUCCCAGAGGUCACAUGACCCCUGCUGAUACUACAAACAUGAGGUCUGAAGUUUUAUCACAACUGAAGCAUCCAUCGUCUGCAGCUGUGAUUGGUCCUCAGAGGGUUAGGGUUAGAAACCAUCAGUCAGACUCUCUGGAUGUCAGGUAGCAGUACCUGCUUUAUACCACCAGGGAGCGCCAGGGAGAGCUUUCAUACAGGACCUUCUUCUUUAAAGCACUGAGAAGUUUUCUUCAGUUCUUUUAUUUUCUUUAAAUUUAAACCAAACUGCAGAGUUUCUGUGAUGUCACCAAAGAGCUGAGCUCCCUCCAUGUUGUUUCCCCGAAUGCUUUGCUACACUCACUGUAGAGUUAUUGUACUUUAAAUGACUCCUCGUCUUCAUUGCAGCGCCCCCUUUAGGCUGCUCUGACACAUUGUCAUGUUGAUUAUAAUAAAAACAUGAAUAAACACUC